AUGUACGUCGCAACUAUUUAUGCAGUCUUGCAUGGGAUUUUCUCAAAACUGCCUUUUCUAGAGGCGAUCAUAAAGGAAACUCUCAAGUUACAUCCACUGGCAACGCUACUUUCGCCCCGUUAUGCCCUCGAGGAUUGCACUGUAGCUGGUUAUAACAUUGCUAAAGGAACAACGGUGUUUAUAAACACAUGGAGUAUAGGGAGGAACUCAAAGUAUUGGGAUUCUCCAGGAGAAUUCAUUCCAGAGAGGUUUUUGGAGAAGGAUAUUGACAUGAAGGGACAAAACUUUGUGCUACUGCCCUUUGGCUCAGGUCGGAGGAUGUGCCCAGGCUAUAACCUUGGAAUCAAACUUAUUCGAUCAAUGUUGGCCAACUUGUUGCAUGGAUUCAACUGGAAAUUGCCUCAUGGCAUGAAACCAGAGGAAAUUUGCAUGGAAGAACACUACGGACUCACAACUCAUCCAAGGAUUCCACUUGCUAUGAUCCCAGAACCACGUGAAAUUCCAAAAGUCAUUGACAAUCUCUAUAAUUUGGAGAAACUAGGCAUGGGGCAUGCUAAUGUGACAGGUAUAAUACCUCAAGAGGUUGGUAAUAUUAGCAAGUUGGAACUACUAAACUUGGAGUCCAAUAGUUUGACAGGAGUAAUUCCAGCUACAAUCAAAUGGUUGUUGAAGCUUCAGAUGAUAGAUCUAAAUGACAAUCAGAUACAAGGAGGUAUUCCAAGUGAGCUUUGUUAUUUGUUGAACUUCGAAGGAUUAAAUCUGGCAAAAAAUAAGCUCUCUGGUACGGUUCCUUCUUGUUUAGGAAAUGUUAGAACACUAAGAUAUGUUUAUCUCAAUUCCAACAAUAUAAGUUCUAACAUACCAGCAAGCUUUUGGAUCCUAAGAGAUAUUUUGGAGCUGGACAUGUCAGCAAAUUAUUUGACUGGCUCUUUGCCCACUGAAAUUGGAAGCUUCAAGGCAUUAAUCACAUUGAACUUUUCAAAUAAUCAAUACUUGGGUGAGAUACCUAGCACCAUUGGAGCACUACAGGAUUUGCAAGAACUCUCCUUGGAGCACAACAAGUUACAAGGAUCGAUACCAAAUUCCAUGAAGAAUAUGCAGCAGUUACAGCAUUUGGAUCUAUCUUUUAACAAUCUGGAAGGUGAAAUUCCCAGCUCACUACAGGUACUAUCAGAUCUCCUACAAUUUAAUGUGUCUUACAAUAGAUUAAGAGGACCAAUUCCUCAUGGAGGGCCAUUCACAAAUUUCACGAACCUAUCUUUUCUCUCAACUGAAGCAUUGUGUGGCGCUCCUUGGCUCCAACCUUGUACAAGUACAUUUCAACAUGAAUCAAGGACAAAAAGGAUAGUCAUGAUUGUUCUGUUGGCAUCAGUUUCUGUCAUAUUAGCCAUGGUGAUUUCAAGUUUUUUGAUGCGGUUAAAGUUAAGAAAGAAAAAUCUAGCUUCGACUCAGAACUUGCUUCCCAUGGCAACAUUUGAAAGGGCAUCCUUCCAUGAACUUAGACAAAUAACAAAUGGAUUCAGCGAGAGUAACUUACUUGGCUCGGGGAGCUUUGGUUUAGUUUACAAAGGAAUUCGUGAAAAUGGGAUGGUUUGGGCCAUAAAAAUAUUCGAUUUGCAGCUAGAAGGUGCAUUUAAAAGCUUUGAUAGAGAAUGUGAAGUCUUAAGCUGCCUUCGUCAUCGAAAUUUAACUAGAGCAAUUAGUGCUUGCUCUAGCCCUGAUUUUAAGGCUUUGGUGCUUGAAUAUAUGCCCAAUGGAAGCCUUGAGAAAUGGCUACAUUCAAAUCAUCAUUUCUUAAAUAUCAAGCAACGAUUGGAUGUUAUGAUAGAUGUGGUUUGUGGUUUGGAAUAUCUCCAUUAUGGUUAUUCAACUCCGAUAGUUCACUGUGAUUUGAAGCCUAGCAAUAUUCUACUGGAUCAAGACAUGGUUGGGCAUGUUUGUGAUUUUGGAAUUGCAAAGUUGUUAGGAGAUGAAGAGUUUGUGGUACAAACAAAGACUCUUGCUACAUUUGAAUAUAUUGCCCCAGAAUAUGGACUGGAAGGAUUGGUUUCAAAAAGUAGUGAUGCUUACACCUUUGGGAUUUUAUUGAUGGAAGCAUUUACAAAAAGAAAGCCCAAGGAUGAGAUGUUUACAGAAGAGUUAAGCCUUAGGCGUUGGGUACAAGAUUGCUUACCAGAUUCUAUAAUUCAAGUUAUAGAUGUAGAUUUACUUCAUCAUGAUGAUGGACUGAGUCCUGAGGUGCAAAUGUAUUUGGGGAAUCUUUGUCUUGACUUUGUCACCGCCGAAAUGCUUAAGCCGCCUGGACAGGGUGACGAGGAGUCCUUUGCAGUAGUCAUUAAGUGCGACAGUGCUUUUCAGAUAAAGCACUGUUCCCGGAUGAUGUCAGGUGACUUGCCUCAUCCGCGUGCAGCUGAGGUGGAGGUGCCGAGGUCACCUACACGGUAG